CUCGUGUCUUGUGGUCAUCGACUGCCCUCGUGACGAUUGUUGACCUGGUCGACCUCCGCCAGUAGCGAAACGGUUCUCCUCUUUUAUAUCUUUCUACAUACGCACUCGGAGGGCAUACCCAGCCAAGACACCUGCUAGCAUUCCAGCACCUAGCAGGGCCUGGUGCUCCUCCGCUGAACCUAUAUCCAUCCCCGAGUGUUAGAGAUUGAGCUUGGCAGAUAUUUCGCCGCUGCAGCAAUGGGUCAAUCGCAUUCCAAGGGCAAUAAUGGCCCCGGCGAUUCUUUGCAAUCGUAUCCAUCCUUUUCUCGCUCCGACACCAAGGAAUCCCUUCGCUCCCUUCGUGGCUCGAUCCGAUCCAAAAUUCGUAGCAGCGACAGCCCCCGCGCCUCCACUUCUGCUCUGUACCAAACGGAAAGCCAAACCGAUAAAUCCGAUGCUGGCUCGAUUAAGUCGGCGGCAAGUAGACGGAGCUCGACCAAUUUGAGCACCCAGUCACCUACCGCUGAUGACUCCGUUUCCAAGACCGACUCAUUGGAACCCCCUCCAUCUCCGUCCCUGUCGAACAGUCUGAAACGAGGUCACAAGGAUGUCAACGCCAUGCAGCAGAGUGGGGAGGUUGACCUUGUGUCGGACGCUCCACCCACUGGGGUCGCACCCAAGGGCCCUUCCACACAGAAAGUGGGUGAAUCUAUUCUUAUCAAGAGGGAAAACCAGCUGAACCCGAUCCUGGACUUCAUCAUGAAUACUCCCAUGAACGACACAUCGGGAUCCCCAGGAAUGGGAAUGGGUGCUUUGAAGUCAAUCGAUCUGGAUGACAUGAUUUCACGACUCCUCGAUGCCGGCUAUUCGACCAAGGUCACCAAAACCGUAUGCUUGAAGAAUGCCGAGAUCGUGGCUAUAUGUACCGCCGCACGGGAACUCUUCCUAACCCAACCUGCCCUUUUGGAGCUGUCCGCGCCUGUUAAGAUCGUGGGAGAUGUUCAUGGCCAGUACACUGAUCUGAUUAGGCUGUUCGAGAUGUGUGGAUUCCCGCCUGCCUCAAAUUACCUUUUCUUGGGCGAUUAUGUGGACCGUGGAAAGCAAAGCUUGGAGACAAUUUUGCUUCUGCUGUGCUAUAAGCUCAAGUACCCCGAGAACUUCUUCCUGCUGCGCGGCAACCACGAAUGCGCCAAUGUCACUCGAGUAUAUGGAUUCUAUGACGAAUGUAAACGGCGUUGCAACAUCAAAAUUUGGAAGACUUUCAUCGAUACUUUCAACUGCCUUCCUAUCGCUGCGAUCGUUGCUGGCAAGAUCUUCUGUGUCCACGGCGGUCUGUCGCCUAGUCUUUCCCACAUGGACGACAUUCGAGGAAUUGCUCGCCCGACCGACGUCCCAGACUAUGGGCUGUUGAAUGACCUUCUAUGGAGUGAUCCUGCAGAUAUGGAAGAGGAUUGGGAACCCAGCGAGCGUGGUGUCAGUUAUUGCUUUGGAAAGCAAGUCAUUAUGAAUUUCCUGCAACGACAUGACUUUGAUCUGGUUUGUCGAGCGCACAUGGUGGUUGAAGACGGCUAUGAAUUCUACCAAGAUCGUAUUCUGGUCACUGUCUUCUCUGCGCCCAACUAUUGUGGUGAAUUCGAUAAUUGGGGAGCCAUCAUGUCCGUUUCAGGCGAAUUGCUAUGUAGCUUCGAACUUCUGAAGCCGUUGGACUCUACGGCCCUGAAGAACCAUAUUAAGAAGGGUCGGAAUAAGCGGAACAGCAUGCUCAGCAGUCCCCCUGCAAUUGUCUCGGCACAAAGCUACUAGAGGUCCUGGUAAUUGCACGC